AUAUUCCGCCAUCUUGUUAGUGGAAAUGAAUACGUUUUAGUUCGGCGACGCGCUAUCUAAAAAUGGAAUGCGAUUUUGGCAAUAGUGAUGUGGAAUGUUUGAUAUUAACGAUCAAAGAACAUCCUGAAAUAUGGGACUUUGAAUCUGAAGAUUAUAAAGACCGAAACAAAAGGAGAAAUGCAUGGGAGGAAGUGUGUAGGGUAUUUAAAGAAGAAUUUGACGAACUUUCUAAGGCUGAAAAGGACGCUCUGAUUCGACAGUUUAUCAGAAAAUGGAAAAAUCUUAAAGAUGCCUUCAUGAAAGCCAUCAGGCGAAAUCAAAGAACUGGUAGAAAAGAGGUACACCGUAAAUAUUUAUACGGAAAACAAAUGAAUUUUCUUCUUGAAAAAGUACGGAAUGAUCAUCAAAGCAAGGAACUACCAAAAAAUCGAAUUAAUAAAUCCAUUAAUAGCAAACGUCAGAAUGUCCACAAAAGAGAAAAUAUUAUCAGGAAGAUUGACAAAGAGGAUUCAAGCGUAGAAUACGUAGCUGUACCAAUGGACAUUCCAAAACACCAAGAAAUCGAUGAAGACACGUCAUUUUUCAAUUCCAUACUACCGAUGGUAAAACAAUUCAAUGCAGAUCAAAAAUUAGAUUUUAGAUCGGAGGUUUUAAACGUAAUAAAAAAUAUGAGAAGAAUGUCACAACUGGUGAAUAGUCAAGAACAUAAUUGUUCUACAAGCACGACUUCAUUUUACGAGGAUAGUCUAGAUAUUAAGGAAGAUUUAACACAAUAGACUUAAUAUUUCUUAAAGUGAUAAAAGUGGUCAGAUCGAACAAGAUUACUGAUUUGUUCGAUUAUUUUCGACUACCAGAACGAGAUUAAUCUUCAAAAUCUUCUCGGCCAUCUUGAAAACCAUUCAAAAACACUACAAACUUUCAUUGAUUUAAAAAAUUAUAAAUUUUAGUUGCAGUUUUUCUAAGAUUUAUAUGAAAUUUAACAACAAUUAGUUGCUGUAUUUUUACGGCAAAACAAAAAAAUAGCCCCUAUAAAAACGAAGGCAACAGCUACACUGGUUUGUCUACAGACACGAGAUAUCGCAUUCGAAACAGCUGAUAGUCGUUAACCUCAGAAGCAUGUGUAACUAAUAAAGAUGAAUAUUUCCAAAAUAACUGUACAAAAUAUAAUAUAACAGUGCAGACAAAUAAUAAGUGUAACUUUAUAUUACUAAUUUUAAACACUUUGUAUACUUCAUUAUUAUAUAUAAAAUAUCGCAUUGGAAUUGGUAAUCAUCGGAUUUCAGCAUUUUCUCUUCUUCUAUUUCCUCUUCUUCUCUUUUCUUUUCUCUUCUUCUCAGCUUUUUUUUUUAAACAAAAUCUAAGUAAAUAAUCAUUGGUCUAAUGAACGUUUUUUCCUGAUGUAAGAAUAAAAUUUAAAAAUGUACCGUGUAGUAUUGAAACAUCUCUUCAUUUAUUAUCGGUCGCAGUUAAAAUCAACCCCAAUUUUAAUCUGGGUCCCACCAUAUGGCGUAUUGUUCUCGACGGAAUGUAGAAUUAUUGUCCUCGUAUACUCUAUGAUCGUCGUAUCUCCAAUGAUGGUUCUGCUGGGUAAAUCAGGCUGUGAUUGUUUUGCCUGGGAGACGUAAAUGGUGAUUUAAUAACAGGGAGCUUCGAUAGCUUUGAAUUAAAGGACCAUUUAAUCAAAACGAGUCGAAAAAAGGUCUUUGCACACGAACUGCAUACAAUAUUUUAUCUACUAGUGGAAAUUCGAUCAAAAUGCAGAAGUUUAAUGGUAAUUUUCUUUACGAACUAGUGUGAGACUAUUAUACGUAUCAUUAUAAAUAUUAUACUAUUAUACGUAAAUUUAACAUUAAUUUCAAGUGCAAUAAUUAUUUAUUCACAAUUUAUCAAUAAGCUACCGCCAACAACGGCCAUUAUCGUACAUGUACAUAUUGUACUUAACAUUUUUUGCAAAUAGUUUUAAAUCAAAACAAAUUGUAUUUGAGAAAUAUACGUGUUUGAUUAUUGUGAAAGGUAAAUCCAAUAAUGAGCAAAUAAGUCACUGUUUGUCACCAAAAGUAUAACUUGAUUUGUGUAUAGGUUAUAUAUACAGUGAGCAAUGCAAGCAAGAUGCAAAGGGAUCAAUUUGAGUCAUCGAACAAUCAAAUCUAGAGAUCACUAGUUUGUUCUUGGUAUUUGAACUGGCAGAACUAGUUAAGGAAGUGUACACUAAAGCUUUCUUUGCAGCACUAGUGUCGCUGUUCUUAGUAGCAGUACAAGAGAACUAGUUCACUGUACUGCUUGCAAUGGGUCUAGAGUCAGUUCAGCAAGUGGAGCGCAAUAAGUGUAAUCUGGAAACGGUGGCACUACAUCUUCGUCAUCGGACGAAUGUAAAAUAUCAAAAAGUAAUAUAGUUAAUACUACAAUGGCUGAAUCACAUCAAAUAACCUCAAAUACAACAAUCAACAAAUGCUCUCUACACUACUCUGCACUAAAUCGUUCUUUGUAUCCGAUCGAACUAUUUCUAUACACUCAUGAACUGGCCUGCACUGGUCCAGUUCUAGAGCAGCUACCAAGAACAAACCUCACGAAGAUCGGGCGAACAAAUCCAACAAAACAAUGCUGAUGUACGUGUGAGCACGGCAUAUUUACGUGAAUAAUAAUCGCAAGGGGCACGAGGUGAACGAAAUCAACAAUUAGAACGAAGGUAAACGCGCAGAUUCAUAGUCAACAGACGUAGAGAAAUUGACCAACAACGCCAACAAGUUCUUCGAGCAUUUACAUCAGAUUUAUUUCUUCGACUAGCAUUCCAGUAUGACCCCGAUGUUGGAUAUUACGCUCAUGCCAAAGUGGUUAUUGGACAACUAUAUGUGGCAUUUACUCGCAUAAUUAAUACUAAAAAUAUGAACAAUUAUUUUUGAUGUUUAGAUAGCUAUCAAGUUCUUAACUUGAAAUAUUUUCGUUUCUUUAAUAAAGAAUACUUUAUUAACCUUAAAUAAAGCAUACUUCCAUUGUCUACAACGCUUUCGAUUAUAAUAUAUAACCUAUAUAACAUUAUAAUAUCCAUUUGUAGAAAAUCUGACAUACUAGUCAGUGGCGGCGCAAGACCUUAACUUAAUGUGGACAAGGUACACAUCGCGGGACCAUCUGAUGGUGCAAG